AUGUCAGAGAAUCCUUACACUUAUUUCAGAGUCACUGUACCUGAGCCGUGGAUAGCUCAUGUUGAGAUCCAUCGGCCGGACCAGUUGAACGCAAUUAUCCCAGAGUUAUGGCUGGAACUGCGGACUGUUUUUGAUCGUCUCUCUAUAGACCCUUCAGUCCGCGCAGUGAUUUUCUCAGGGUCUGGCGAACGGGCAUUUUCCGUUGGCAUAGAUCUCAAAUGGGUGUCUAAAGAGGGUUCACCGUUUAUUCCUCGAUCGGACGAGUAUGCUGACCCCGCCAGACGUGCCGCCGCUCUCCGACACUUUGGGGUUGAGUUUCAGGAAUGCAUCAACAGUAUCGAAAAGUGCCAGAAACCUGUCAUUUGUGUUCUGCAUGGCUUUGCACUAGGAGCGGCAGCCGACUUCUGCGCAGCUGCUGAUGUUCGAAUUUGCACCAAAGGCACAAUAUUUUGUGUCAAAGAGGUCGAUAUCGGGAUUGCCUCUGAUAUCGGUAUUCUCGCACGGCUGCCCAAAAUUGUAGGGUCCUACACCUGGGUCAAAGAUGUGACUAUGACGGGCAGGAACUUCGAUGCGGAUGAGGCCCGUCGUGAGGGAUUUGUGAGCAGCGUCCUCCCGACAAAGCAAGACGCUCUUGCAGAAGCGUUUAAGAUGGCCAGGACGCUCAGCGAAAAAAGCCCAGUAGCUGUACAGACGGUCAAACAUUUCUUAGACUACAGUCGAGAUCGCACCGUUGCAGACGGUCUUCAAUAUCAGCUGGCGUACAACACCGCAGUGAUUCAAACAAACGAUGUCCCCGUUGCUAUUAGGGCAUUGGUGUCAAAGAAGGUACCCACUUUUGAGAAGCUCUAG